CUUGUUCUCUAAUGUUUUCGUUCAUUUUAGGUUUACGUGAUGUUGUUCCUUUGCUUUAUUGGUUUUUGGUUUUGGCUUUUGCUUGCAGGCGUCUUCUGGCCUAUCCCAAGGGAAAUGGAGAUGGUUUUAAUAAAAGUUUUUCUCUGUUUCUGGCUGUUGCUGAUUCUGAAUCUUUGCCUAAUGGUUGGAAAAGACACAUCAAAUAUCGUCUAACUGUUGUUAAUCAAAUGUCGGAGAAACUUUCUAAACAGGAAGAAUUACAAUCCUGGUUUGAUCAGAAUUCUCUUAGCUGGGGCUACCCAGCAAUGCUUCCCCUUACCAAACUUGUUGACGAAAAUGAUGGGUUUCUGGUGAAUGGAGAAGUCAAGGUUGUUGCCGAGGUUGGUGUUCUUGAAGUUGUUGGCAAAUCAGAUGUGUUAGUGGAAACUUUAUUAGUUCAGGAAAGCAUCGAUGUCAAUGGGUUUCAAGUUCUUCCUUCUCAGGUAGACUCUGUGAACAAUCUCUUUAAAAAUUACCCAGACAUUGCAUCAAAAUUCUGUCUGGAGAACCAACUUCUGAGAGCAACAUACAUGAAUAGCCUACUAUGCUUGACUGAGAUUCUGAGCCAGUCCCCUGAGAAACUCUCUAGUGUUGAUCUCGCCAAUGCACAUUGUACACUAUCUUCUCUGACAAAAGCCGGUUUUAAGUUGGAUUGGUUGGAGAAGAAACUGAAAGAGCUUCGUGAUACUCGGGUGCAACAACUUGAGCAAGAUUUGAAGGACUUGAAGGAAAAGUUUACGCUGGACGAUGAGGAUGACUUUUGUCGACUCUGUUUAAGACUUUGGAUCUAA